GGUUCUGCGCUCGCUCUGCGCUCCGAUUUCCCCCAUCAAACAAACAUAUCUAUAUAUAUAUAUAUAUAUAGAUAGAAGUAUAUGUAUAUAUAGAUCGUACUUAUGUGCCCGACUUGUUUAAGCAAAUAUUAUCGCUAGAAAUAAUAAGAAGCAGCGUGGUGAAGUGAUUGAAUUGAAAGCGAAAUAAAAGCAAAGAAAUAGAAAAUAACUGAGUUGAGGCGGCAGUGGAAGGUUGAGCAGAAAUCCGCCGGAUCCGCCGAAAUGCAUACGUUAUUCAGCGACCAGAACUCCUUUUCGCGGCACUAUGCCCAGACCGCCGCCGGUUACGGAUCAGCAUCGGCGGUGGCGGCGGCCAGCAGCGCAUCGGCGGCGGCGGCGGCCCAUUACGCAUACGACCAGUACUCCCGCUACCCGUACUCGGCCAGUGCCUACGGCCUGGGCGCUCCGCACCAGAACAAGGAGAUCGUGAAGCCGCCGUACUCCUACAUCGCCCUGAUAGCCAUGGCCAUCCAGAAUGCGGCGGACAAGAAGGUGACCCUGAACGGGAUCUACCAGUAUAUCAUGGAGCGGUUUCCCUACUACCGGGACAACAAACAGGGCUGGCAGAACUCCAUUCGGCACAAUCUCAGCCUCAACGAGUGCUUCGUGAAGGUGGCCCGGGAUGACAAGAAGCCGGGAAAGGGCUCCUACUGGACUUUGGAUCCCGAUUCCUACAACAUGUUCGACAACGGCUCCUUCCUGCGGCGGCGACGGCGCUUCAAGAAGAAGGACGUGAUGCGGGAGAAGGAGGAGGCCAUCAAGCGGCAGGCCAUGAUGAACGAGAAGCUGGCCGAGAUGAAGCCGCUCAAGCUGAUGACCAACGGGAUACUGGAGGCCAAGCACAUGGCCGCCCAUGCGGCCCACUUCAAGAAGGAGCCCCUGAUGGACCUGGGCUGCCUGAGUGGCAAGGAGGUGUCCCAUGCCGCCAUGCUCAACUCCUGCCACGACAGUCUGGCCCAGAUGAACCACUUGGCCGGCGGCGGUGUGGAGCAUCCCGGCUUCACCGUGGACUCGCUGAUGAAUGUGUACAACCCGCGGAUCCAUCACAGCGCCUAUCCCUAUCACUUGAACGAGGACAAUCUGGCCACGGUGGCCAGCAGUCAGAUGCACCAUGUCCACCAUGCAGCGGCCGCCCAUCAUGCCCAGCAAUUGCAGCGCCAUGUGGCGCAUGUGGCCCACCCCCUGACCCCCGGAGGUCAAGGGGCCGGAGGUCAGUCCUCGGGUCACUCGCCCACCACGAUCUCAACGCCCCAUGGUCCCGCGCACGGUGGCUGGUACACCCCGGAAACCCCGCCAUCCGAGCCCAUUCCCAACAAUGGCCAACAGGGCACACCCACGCACCCGGGCCACAAUAAUAACAACAACAACAACAACAACAGCAGCAGUGUGCUCAACCACAAUGGAGUGGGCGGAGGAGGAGGCGGAGGAGGAGGACCCUCCUCCGUGCUGACCAACAGCCCCACCUCGGCACUGGGCUUCCGCGACAUGAUCUUCGAGCAGAACCAGUCCUGCCAACUGGACAGCGGCAGUCCAACCGGCAGCCUCCAGUCGGCCAGUCCACCCGCCUCCGCAUCCGUGGCAGCGGCCUCGGCGGCAGCGGCGGCGGCCGUGAUCAGUAGCCACCACCACCAUCAUCAUCACCAUGCGGCGCUGAGCGGGAACCUGGGCCAACUGGGCCAGCUGAGCAACCUGAGCCACUACCGACCACAUGUGGGCCACUACCAGGAGUACGGCAUCAAGUACGGGGUCUAAGCGCUGGCGAGGCACUGGGCUGGGCUCUCUUGUAUAUUCCUGUAAAUAUACCAUAUAUCAUAUACCCAAGAACGAGCCACAGCUCUCUAGGAUGCUGUCUGUCCAGAAUCUUGUAUCUCAGAUCUUUUUGUUUUCCAUCUUGUUUUCGAUUGUACUGUAUACGAAUGACGGGGGGUAUCUAGUUGUUAAGCAACCGCAUUAUUGUAUUAACUGUAUUUGUAACUGUAGCCCGUAAUAUUGUUAUCGAAUUUAGGCUUAGUCCCAAUUGUCUGCUAUGCAAUUUGUGAUGACGUUUUGCUACACAGAAUAUAAACUUAAACUAGCGCAUUUUGUCAAUAACUAAAACUACCGCAUCGGAUCUAUCGCCUAGUACACUAGCCUAGCCCACGUAAGCAAUAAUAAAUUAUACAACUAAAUCGUAGCUAUAACAUUAUUAUCAAAACUAGCGUACACAACCAAUAUGAGCCGAACAAAAAAGUGUAUUGAAAAUAUGUUAAAAUAUCUCAAA